AUGGAACUGAAACUACUUCUAACGAUUUUAUUGAUUCAGUCUGCAACUGCCGCUGCUGAUUACAUUCGACCUCUGCCUCGAAAAGCCUUGCAUCUUCCAUGGCAUUCUAAACCCUCCUCUUACCCUCAACAGGUACACAUUUCUUUAGCAGGAGACCAGCACAUGAGAGUUACUUGGAUUACUGAUGAUAAUUCUGCACCUUCAAUUGUAGAAUAUGGAACAUCUGCAGGGCGAUAUGACUCUGUAGCUGAAGGAGAGACCACUUCUUACAGUUAUAUGUUCUAUAGCUCUGGAAAGAUACACCAUAUCGUUAUUGGGCCUUUAGAGCAUAAUUCUGUGUACUAUUAUCGAUGUGGUGGACUAGGUCCUGAGUUCCAGCUCAGAACUCCUCCAGCUCAACUUCCAAUUAUUUUUGCUGUGGCUGGGGAUUUGGGUCAAACUGGAUGGACUAAAUCAACACUGGAUCACAUUGACCAAUGUAAAUAUGAUGUUCACCUACUUCCGGGAGACCUUGCAUAUGCUGAUUAUAUCCAGCAUCGCUGGGACACGUUUGGUAGGUUAGUGCAGCCACUUGCUAGUGCAAGACCAUGGAUGGUAACACAAGGGAACCAUGAAGUAGAGAGCAUACCUUUGUUAAAGGAUGGGUUUGUGUCCUAUAAUUCCAGAUGGAAAAUGCCAUUUGAGGAAAGUGGAUCAAAUUCAAAUCUCUUUUAUUCAUUUGAAGUUGCAGGUGUUCACAUUAUCAUGCUUGGCUCCUAUGCAGAUUAUGAUGAGUACUCUGAACAAUAUAGAUGGCUUAAGGAAGAUCUUUCAAAGGUGGACAGGAAAAGCACACCUUGGUUGCUUGUGUUAUUUCAUGUGCCAUGGUAUAAUAGUAACACGGCUCAUCAAGGUGAAGGGGCUGAUAUGAUGGCAGCAAUGGAGCCAUUGCUUAAUGCUGCUAGCGUCGAUUUAGUUAUCGCUGGUCAUGUGCAUGCUUAUGAACGUUCGAAACGUGUAUACAAUGGAAGACUUGACCCUUGUGGUUCAGUCCAUAUAACCAUUGGUGAUGGAGGAAACAAAGAAGGCUUAGCUCCAAAAUAUAUAAAUCCGAAGCCAGUAUGGUCAGAGUUCCGUGAAGCCAGUUUUGGUCAUGGCGAGCUAAAGAUUGUAAACUCUACGCAUGCUUUCUGGAGUUGGCACAGAAAUGACGAUGAUGAGCCAGUAAAAUCCGAUGAUGUCUGGAUAACCUCUUUAACCAGCUCAGGAUGUGUUGAUCAAAAGAGAAACGAACUCGGGAAUAAACUCAUAACACCUUAA